CACAGCCCGGCCCGGCCGCAGCCCCGUCCGGCCCGGCCGCAGCCCCGCGGAGCCCUUCUCCACCAUGGAGCUGGAGGAUGCUUUGGAUCCUGAGAGAUUAAUGCAAUGUCCAUAUAAUAAGCACCAUCAAAUAAGAGCCUCUCGGUUUCCCUACCACCUGGUGAAGUGCAAGAAGAACUACCCUGACAUUGCAAAGGAAUUGGCCACGUGCCCCUUCAACGCUCGCCAUCUGGUUCCCCGGGCUGAUCUCUCCAAUCACUUAACGAAGUGCAAUGACAGAGGGUUCAUUGAGCAAGACAUAGUGAAUCAGUCCACUGGCUUCCAGAGAAAGCAGUUGAAUGCUGUGAGCACAUGGCAGGCACCUCCAUGUGCUGAAGACUGGGAAACAGGUGAGGAGCUUCCCUGUCUGCCACACUGCUGCCUUUUCACUGGUCCUGUCCUUCAAUGCCCUUUGGGACACUUUCUAGUACCACCUCUGAAGAAAAGAAUCGCUUGCCUUCAAGAUUGCGUGCCCCUGAGUUCCUGCCAUACACCAUCUCAUGGAAAGGCUGACCCUGGAGCUUCUGUGGAUGGGAGAUGUUCCCUGGACGUGAUGGCAGGACUCAGGACUGGGCAGUCGCUGCAGGACAUGUUUUUGCAACACCUGAGGUUUUUAAAAUUCCUUGGUUGUAAAAGCUUCUUGUCCCUGAGCAUUUGUUUCUUAAGUUAAUCUUCAGUUGGUGAUCUUUUUACUGUUACUGAGUAAAUGGGCUGAUAAAUUUACACAGCAAUUCUCCUUAGCCAGCAGUGGGUAGUUAACAGGAAAAACUGACCAAAAAACCAAAAUGCAGGAACUGGCAAAAGUUGGUUCACUUGUCCAAGGGCAGUGCUGAUGAUCUGUGAAGUUCUGUUUCCUCCAGUGAUUUGGAAAAAGCAGGAGAACUUUGGAAGUAGUGGUCAGUUUGAAGUGGCAGGGGUGAGGAAGGGGCAUGAAUCCUAAGAGGAGGAGGUGGGUCUGAUCAGGUUCCUACUCAUGACGUGACAGUGGGAAGCAGAACAGGGGAGGAGGGGGCUGCACAUACCACUAAAAUCUUGUCCCUUGGCUUGAUAGUUUAAAACCAGUGUGUGGAUUUGCAAAAGAGGCUCCUUCAGUGUUGCCUACAUGUGAUGUUUCAUACUAACUGUAAAAGAAGGGAAGCAAUUAUGUUUAGGGGGGAGGGGAGGAAAUGCCCUGCAAAGAUGGUGUGAAUCCAGGCCUUGGUGUAGCAGGACCUGUUGUAGUCCCAUUUCAGUGGAAGUCAGGAACAAGAGAACAGUCCAUGCAGUUCUGAGAGUUUCUCCAGCCUGUAAAGAGGAUGAGACUUCCAACUGCAUAAUGUUUUAAUUAAAAUCAUCUGGAUCAGCCCAACCUGGAAGUAUUUUGAUGUGCAUGCACUCUUUGUUUGUCUUUUCAGCAUCUCUGAGUUUGCCCACAUAGUGCAUGUGGACAGUUUGGGUUUUAAAGGAGGUUGUAAUUUACAGACUUCUGUCUUCCUAGAAAGCAUCUUGAUAGUGCCUUUGGGGCUUCAAGCCUUCAGCCUUAACUUUCCCACGUGGGUGUGUGGUGCUUCAAGCCAUACAAUAAUGAGGAAUCUCUUACAAUAUGCAUAAUGCCAAACAGGUGAAGUUUGAAGAGUAUACUGACAUACUUAUCUAGUUUCCAUUAUGGUUAAAGCAAGUUUGAGAUAUCUAACGUAACUGUUGUUUUUUUGGGGAGUUGGGGGGGGAGGAGACAGAAGUGGUUUAAAUCACUAAAAAUACAUGUUUGGACUGUGUAAAUGUUUGGAUCAAGCAGUGUACUUCUGAAAAUGGAUGCAAAGUCCAAAAUGGGAUCUUAAUAUGCAAACACGAAGAAUUAAGAAACCAGGUAUGAUAUUUGUCUAGAAAGAAUUUGGACUUUCACAUUUUUAAAAGAUUGUUCCUCAAAAUACUGCAUUUUUGCCAUUUGUAUUGCUACCCAUAUAAAAUAAUGCAUGUUGAGUAGAAUGUGCAAAUUUAGCAUUAUUUUGAAGUUUGGUUCUGUCAAGGUUUGUUGGCAUUUUAGAAUAAAAGGGUUAUGAACA